UCCCAAGAAGCCAGUGAGAGGAUUGGUGCAGGAAGCCCGAGCGGAGGGAGAAUGAAAGUCCUGCUGAACGGCCUGCUGCUGCUGCCCCUGCUCAUCCUCUGCUGCCUGGAGUCCCUCAUCAAGCUCUUCAUCCCCAAGAAGAGAAAGUCAGUCACCGGGGAAAUCGUGCUCGUCACCGGAGCUGGGCACGGGAUCGGAAGACUGACCGCCUACGAAUUCGCCAAACUUAAGGCCAAAUUGGUCCUCUGGGAUAUCAAUAAGCAUGGCAUCGAGGAAACCGCUGCCCAAUGCAAGAAACUCGGCGCCCAGGCUCAUUCCUACGUAGUAGACUGCAGCAACCGGGAGGAGAUUUAUAGCACGGCAAAGAAGGUGAAGGCAGAUGUUGGAGAUGUUAGUAUUUUGGUAAACAAUGCUGGUGUAGUCUACACAUCGGAUUUGUUUGCUACACAAGACCCUCAGAUUGAAAAGACUUUUGAAGUCAAUGUUCUUGCACAUUUUUGGACUACGAAGGCAUUUCUUCCCGUGAUGAUGAGGAAUAACUAUGGCCAUAUUGUCACUGUGGCAUCGGCAGCGGGCCACACCACCGUUCCCUUCCUUCUGGCUUACUGCUCAAGCAAGUUUGCUGCCGUUGGAUUUCAUAGAGCUCUGACUGAUGAAGUGGCUGCUUUAGGAAGACCUGGAAUCAAAACAACAUGUCUCUGUCCUAACUUCAUAAACACUGGCUUUAUCAAGAACCCAAGUACCAACUUGGGGAGCACUCUGGAACCUGAGGAAGUUGUCAGCAAGCUCAUGAAGGGGAUCCUGACGGAGCAGAAAAUGAUUUUUAUUCCAUCUUCUAUACAGUUUUUAACAGUACUGGAAAAGAUCCUUCCUGAGCGAUUCCUGCUAAUUUUGAAACAAAAACUCAACAUUAAGUUUGAUGCUGUUAUUGGAUAUAAAGGCAAAUAAUAAAAAGUACUUGAUUUUCUUGAAAAUGAAUUUAUCAGAUUUAAGAUGAUUUCAUUUAGUGUUAAGCAGAAUUUUAAUGGUGUA